AUGCCGAAGCGUGCCCUGGAUGAGACCGGCUCGAGGCUCUAUGUCUGGGCCACAUCCGGCAAGCAGGUUGCUUCUUUCCCUGUCGAAGAGCUGACGGAUGUGCAGACACUCAAGGUGAGCUUGGAGAAGUCCUGUGGCCUCCCGCGAUUCCGGCAGAGGCUCCUGUCUCAGCAGCGCAUCCUCGCAGACCACGAGAGCUUAGAUCUGCCUCUGCAUGUACAGUUGGUCCUCCUUCCUUUCUGCAGUGCUUCAUGGGAGCAGCGGAGAUAUUUCGUCCUCGCCGCCAGAAGCGGUUCGGCUACUGUGGUGGAGCAGCUCUUGCAACGCCCUCAAGAUCCAAACUUGAUGGACUGCUUCGGUGAAGUUGCUCUGAGAGAAGCAGCACGUGCCAACGACAUGGCGAUCGCUGCAUUAUUGCUGGAGGCGAAGUCUGAUCCAGACAUCCGAGGGGAAGGAUACACAGCUCUUGCAAUUGCAGCCUACGCUGGGAACUCUGACAUUUUAAAACUGCUCCUCGCGGCCGCAGCGAACCCCGAUGUCACCAGAGAGGCCAAAGUCUUCCGUGUCGUCACCAGAUCGACCGUUUGA